AUGGUAGAGCAACCCGCAAACGUGGAUGCCGCCGUGAAUACCCCAGUUGUGGUUGAUUCAAACGAUGAUGGAACAGUCGCCCAGGAACUGGAAUUAGAGCAUAUGAGGAGUACAUUGGAAGAGACGAUUGUGGAAACGCGCAGUACGCCUCUCGAAAAUCGACCGCGACUUCCCCGCAUAGCCCUAAGCAAGCGGAAUCGGGCUGUCGUGAGGGCUCUGAACCCAAUGCUGGUGACCUAUUUGGAAGCCAGCCGGGACCUUUGCGAGACGGACUCAAUUCUUUUUGGCGCCGCGCUGGCAGUCUGCCGUAUCAUAGGCGCCAAGGUUUCCACGGCUGGACGCGCUACUGGCCAUAGUAGCGCUAUCCCAGCAUGGAGAAGAAGAAUUGAGGAACGUAUCGCAAAGGCUAGAGCUCUCAUCGGCAGACUGAUAUGCUUCAGAUCAGGCAAUAACAGGCCAAGAAUAGUGCGCACCAUCAGGAUGGCGUUUGCUGGGACAAAUGUCAGUUUGUCCCAGCCGGAUAUAACGCAAAAACUGACGGAGCGCAUAGAUGAUCUUAAGCAGAGAAUCGCUGCUUGGGGAAAGCGGAUUCGGCAAUAUACUGAGAGGUCGACACGGUUCAACCAGAAUUGUUUGUCAUCCAGAGUGAUCAGAAGAGGCUCUAUGAAUCAUUGGAGCGACCAAUGGUAA